AUGUGGCAUCUGAGAUGGAAUUGGACUAUCGAUUGUACACGUAGAUAUAUCAGCACUUCGGGGCCGUUGCAUUUUCGACAAAAGUUGGCAUACAAAACUCGAUACCACUGGUUACUUGACGUCCAGAAAAGUCGUCAACGCGCUCGUUUCCCCUGGAUACCGAGAGAACCUCCAACAGCAGUGAACAUUGAUGAUCAACGAAUUGAAUUUCCGGAGAUGCAGCUAGAUUUCAUUGUACCGACAGAUCUGAAUCAAUGUGAACUUAAACCAUAUGUUGACUGGAGGGCAUCCACGCCAAAGGAAGACGAAUUAACAGCCGAUAAACUUUUUGACAAGAAAUAUAUUCCGAAAAUUCAAAAUAUGUAUGAACGAGGUAUAGAUAAAAGCGAAAUAAUUAAAAAAGUGACAAAUUAUUUGGCCUUCUACAGUCUUUGUAUCACGCGCCAUGAUAUAUCGCCCAGCUCUCAACGCGAUGGUUUCCGUAUCUCCAUUUUCACUCGCGCCUCUUUGUAG